AAAAGUCACAUAGGAGUAGAAAGAUAUCUGGCUUUUUCGUCCAUCUUCCUCGUCAAUCCGCACAUUUUUCUCAAAACGCCACUGUAAACCCUAACACAGUACAGCCUCAGCGGAGACAUUCCGAGGCCUUAAUCGGUAGCCAUGCCGAUCAAACAUCUCCUUACCACUAUAGCUCGCCGGUCGAGCAAGCGAACCCUCCCGGUCCAGACCUUGCUCACCCAAGCGGUUCGAACUGCAUCGACCUCACCCGCGAUCGCCUCCUCGCAGUCUCCGGCUCCGUCGCCUCCAGCUCCAGAUGUCAUGAUCUAUGACCGCCUCGCCGAGGCCGUCAAAUCCAAGCUCCAGCAGCUCGAGAACCCCGACCCUCGUUUUCUCAAGUACGGGUCGCCCCACCCGACCGUCACCGAUCACACGCGGAUCCUCUCUGCUCCGGAGACUAAGAUCACCACUCUUCCCAACGGGCUUAGAGUCGCCACUGAAUCGAACCUCGCGUCUCAGUCCGCUACCGUUGGGGUCUGGAUCGACGCCGGUUCUAGAUUUGAGACCGAGGAGACUAAUGGGACGGCACAUUUCUUGGAGCACAUGAUCUUCAAGGGGACCGAGAAGAGGACGGCGCGUGAGCUGGAGGAGGAGAUUGAGAACAUGGGUGGACAUUUGAAUGCCUACACGUCGAGGGAGCAGACCACCUACUACGCCAAGGUUUUGGACAAGGACGUGCCGAAGGCGCUUGAUAUUCUUUCUGAUAUUUUGCAGAACUCCAAAUUCGAAGAGCACCGUAUUAGUCGCGAGCGUGAUGUCAUUCUUAGAGAAAUGGAGGAGGUUGAAGGGCAAACUGAGGAAGUUAUUUUUGAUCAUUUGCAUGCAACCGCUUUCCAAUACACUCCUCUUGGUAGAACAAUUCUUGGUCCUGCCCAGAAUAUCAAGACUAUCACCAAGGAGCAUCUUCAGAACUAUAUACAAACACACUACACAGCUCCCAGAAUGGUAAUUGUUGCUUCUGGAGCUGUUAAGCAUGAAGAUUUUGUUGGGGCAGUAAAGAGUUCUUUUACCAAGCUGUCGUCUGAUUCAACAACAGCUUCUCAGUUGGUUGCAAAGGAACCUGCCAUUUUUACCGGUUCUGAGGUUAGAAUCAUUGAUGAUGAUAUUCCACUGGCACAAUUUGCGGUUGCUUUCAAUGGAGCAUCUUGGACAGAUCCAGACUCUAUUCCAUUGAUGGUCAUGCAAGCGUUGUUGGGCUCGUGGAAUAAGAAUGCUGGUGGUGGAAAGCACAUGGGUUCUGAGCUGGCACAAAGGAUUGGCAUUAACGAAAUUGCAGAAAGCAUGAUGGCUUUUAACACCAACUACAAAGACACCGGCCUGUUUGGUGUUUAUGCUGUUGCUAAGCCUGAUUGCUUAGAUGACUUGGCCUGGGCAAUUAUGUAUGAGAUAACAAAGUUAGCUUAUAGAGUUUCAGAAGCUGAUGUUAUCCGAGCUCGUAAUCAGCUGAAAUCUUCUCUGCUGCUUCACAUCGACGGGUCUAGUCCUGUAGCAGAAGACAUUGGGCGCCAGUUACUAACAUAUGGCCGAAGAAUUCCUUUCGCUGAACUGUUUGCAAGGAUUGAUGCUGUUGACACGAGCACCAUCAAACGUGUUGCCAACCGAUUUAUUUACGACAGGGAUAUUGCUAUUGCCGCCAUGGGACCAAUCCAGAGUUUGCCCGACUACAACUGGUUCAGACGCAGGACCUACUGGAACAGAUACUAGUCUCGUUCUUAUAAUUAUUUCUGCACAACCAUUCUCCAGCAGUCUGGCCUCGGAUACUUUGGUUGCUCUUUUGCAAUUGUUGUCCUUCAAAGCUUUAAAGGCUGGUUUAUAUUUUUUUCAAUAAAUUUUUUUAGAUCUUUUUCUCACAACAUUUAAUUUCGGAAAUAAGCACGCUGUUUUCAGUGAUAUAUAUACUGUGAUUUAUCUAAGCUGAGAGUUUUUCCAGAUAGCUCUUCAUGUCGAGCACUGUGCUCCAACUACAAAUUGUAAAUUACUGUUUGUUAUUUAAAUCCCAUUUUCUUUCCCAA